GGGAAAUGGGGGCGGGGCGAGACAGGGGAAAGUAAGAUGGCGGAGGGAGCAGAGAAGUCAGCAGCGACUCCGCCUGCCCCGGUGUCGUUCGGCUUCACUCGGACUACAGGGCGGAGGCGGUUUCUAGUAGUGACCGGGCAGGAUGGCGGCGAGGCGAAGCAGGAGCCCGACUUCCUCUCAGCCGUUGAGGGACGGGAGCUGCAAAGUGUCCGGCCAGCCCCACAGCCGAAAGAACUCGUCAUUCCUCUCAUCCAGAAGAACCAGUGGAAAAAGCCAGCAGCCCUUCUGGAGCCAGAUGCCAUCAAUGGUGACGAGGCUCAAGCAAUCCGAGAGCUUAUAGAAGAAUCCAAGAAGUCACAAGAGCAAUGGGAGAGUGGCAACAAGCCAGAUCCUGCAUUUGCUAUUCCCCUCCUUAUGCAGAACCGAGUGCCUGAUGGCUUUGAGGAUGGAGAAAAAGUGGAUGUCAGCCUCCGUCCAGAAUCGUCGACUGAGGCAGAUUAUGAAGAGGUACCAGUGGAAGCCUAUGGUUUUGCCAUGCUGAAGGGCAUGGGCUGGAAGGCUGGUGAGGGCAUUGGUCGCACUUUCAAGCAGGAUGUGAAGCCUCUUGAGAACCGUCUUAGGCCCAAGGGGCUGGGUCUUGGAGCAGACCGUUCAGCAGCUCAGGAGUUGGAACCCAUAGGACGCCGACGCCCUCUGAAGCCUGGCGAGGAGCCUCCAAAGGGCAAGGAUGAACCUUUGGGAUUGGUUCCGGGUGGUGCAGUUUUCAUUGAGGCUGGGCCUCACAAAGAGCUCUAUGGAAAGAUAGAAGGCGUAGAUGGAGAUAAUGCCCGUAUCAUGGUGAAAUUGGCCAUUGGUGGCAAAACAGUGACUGUGAGUCAGCACGGGGUUCGGCCUGUGACCCAGAAGGAAUAUGAUAAGCUAGCCAAAGAUCUGAGCCGCCUCAGCAAGGCCCAUAAAGAGAAGGAAGCAGAACAGCGUAAUGGGACUAAACUUGACUCAGACAACAGGGUGGAGGAAGACAAAAAGGAAAACAGAGACAAAAAGAGGAAACACCCAGCAGGCACUGACAGAGAUGACCGAGCUGGAAAGCAAAGUAAGGGGAGCAGCAGUAGCUCCAGUGUUCCUCACUGGCUGCGGAGAGACCUGCGAGUCCGCUUUGUAGAUAAACUCUACAAGGGAGGCAAAUACUACAAUACUAAGAUGGUGAUUGAAGAUGUCCUCAAACCAGACACAUGCGUCUGCCGAACAGAAGAGGGUCGGAUAUUGGAUGGAAUCCUGGAGUCCAUGCUGGAGACUGUAAUCCCACGGAGUGAUUCCGACCAGGUCAUGGUGGUGUUGGGGGAGCACUCUGGUCGGGUGGGGCGCAUUCUGCGUCGAGAUAAGGGGCAAAAUCGUGCAUUGGUGCAGCUACAGCAGGAUGAGGAAAAGCUCCUGACAUUGGACUAUGAUGCUGUGUGCCUCUAUGUUGGUGGUUCAGAAGAGGACUGAGCUUUGCAGUCCCUCCAAGUUUCACAGCAUCUGCAGGACAGAGACGCUCCCAGGCUUAGAAUCAAGGAAAAAGGCAGCCUGCAAUUUGUUUUUAGGAAAAGGUGUCGUAAGUGCCAAGGACUAAAAGCAGGUUUUGAUCAAGGAAGGAGGCUGCCUCCUUAUUCAAAAUGGAUUAAAUCACAAUGAUCUGGAAUAUAUAUAUUUGUAUUUUAUUGAAUGCUGGACCUGCAUUUAUUUGAGUUUUCUUCAUUAAUUUUUUUUAAAAACCAAUGACAAUACAUAAGAACAUGAGUAUCAAAGGACUGCCAGAAAACAAGACCGACCAUACAUAGUGAAUGCAAUCCGGUGUGCUUUCAAACAGUUGCAGGUCAACUCUUGUUCCAGACAAGCAAGAAAUUAGGCUGGCCCUAGAACAAAAAAGUCUUAUGUCAGACACAGUAUUCAAUAAUGCAUAGUACAGCUACGUCCAGAUUUUUAAAAUGGACUAUGCUCUAAUUGCUACAGUGUAUAUCUUGUUGAAAUAUGGAAGAGAGAUGGCAACUGAGCAGAUGGAAGAAGAAAAAGUGCAUUGAGUGGGGCCUUGGAUAUAUGUUUUUCUCUGGCCUUGGAUUUUCCAGAACUAAACACAUCAAAUGCUUCUUUUCACAGAACAAGGUCUUUGAUCCACAAAUAAGCAGAAGAGAAAUAGCUACAGUAUACAGGGUUUGUGCAUAAAUAAUUGCCUUCAUGAGGACUGAACUCUUAACCUAAAAAAUGGAAUGCCCUAAAUCAUUCUCAAGCUAUUUUAAACUGCAACUGCAUGAAGGACAUCAAAAUUGGCCAUAGACGUAUCCUCUUAAGAGGAUGUCUGUACAUUGUCAUUCAGAAAACUCUCAUGUAAAGUGCUCUUUAUCAGAAGCAUGUGAGGACUCUUUUCCUAUCUUAGCAGUGGCUGGUGUGGUGAUGGACUUGGUAAAAAUGAGCUACUUUGUAAAUCUGCAUCUUCAGUUGUCAUGGGUGAAUUUAAGAUUUUUUAAGUUAACUUGUAUUAGGAACAAAAUAAAUUUCUUUUUUCCUCCCCA